AUGACGACAACGAGCAGUGGUGCCAUUAUUCCCUGGUGGACCACGCUCGAGUUCGGCGCCCCGGGAACCCUCCUCUACCGCCUCCUCUUCCUCGACAGCCAAUACCGCGCCUUUUCCCCCUGGCACGAUAUCCCGCUCUUCCUCUCCGCGUAUCCCGCCGCGGAUCCCAAGGCGCCGAGCGCGAUUCCCCCGCCGCCGGGCGUGCAGGAGAACUGCACGUUCGAGCAGGGCUUGUCGUUUCUGUGCGUCACGCCGCGCGGUAUCUGGGCCAACUUUGAAGUCGCGGACGACGAGAAUUUCAAUCCCGUUCGCCUGCUGAAGCGCAACGGCCGCCCCGCGCAUUACGCGGAGAACUGCCAGUGGAACCUGGGGAUCUUCACGCAGACGUGGGCGGAUCCCGCGGCGCCGAAUGAGGAUCUGGGCGGGAUGCGCUUCGACGGGCGGCCGCUGCAGGUGAUCGAGCUUGGAUCGCGGACGGCGCGGACGGGGGAGGUGUAUUCCGUGAAGCCGCUCGCGGCUUUCGCGGCGAUUAGCCAGGGAGCGAAUAUCGCGUGGAAAAUCGUCGCAGUCGCGACGGACGACCCGUUGGCGAAAGAGCUGAACGACGUGGCUGACGUCAGCAGGAAGUUACCCGGCGUGCUGGAGGAGAUUAGGGAGUGGCUGCGGCUGUGCGACUGCACGGAGAAAGGCGACGCGGGGAAGGCGUUCGGGUUCAACGAGCGCGCCAAGGGGCGCGAUCAGGUGCAGGCGUGCAUACGCACGUGCCACGUGGCAUGGCAGGCCAUGUUUCACGCGCUACCGAAGCCCGAGCCUUGGCUCCCGCGCUCGCGGCCGCCGAAGAUGAAGACUAUAGAAGCGUUCUGGGCGCCUUACACGGCGAAAUACGUCAGCGAUGGCGGCGGCGUGGCUAGUAUCUUCGUCAGUGAUCCUGACUGGGAGGAAAAAGUGGCGGAGGCGGAACAGGCGCGCGCGAAAGGGGGAGCCGGGGGAGCAGGCGCGGGGAGGGGGAGGGGAAGAGGGGGAGCGGCGGAUAGGGGCGCGCCAGGAAGAGGCGCAGCAGGGGAGGUAAAUGAUUCGGUAUGGGAGACGUUAUCUACGGUUGAGACCGUUGGUAUGCUGGAGAAGCUGAGGUCGCGGAAGCAUCUGAACCGUCCAGCUUUCUUCGCGAUGGUCGAUCGUGUGGUCACGGACGAUUCCUCCGCAAAAGACGGCAAGGGCAGGGCGGGGAAGAAAGGCGGCAGGCUGCUUACGCGGAAGGGCAGCGGGAUGGCCGACGGGGAGGCGGGCGCGGACGAGGUUGCGCGGUCGCGCUCGCCGUUCCUGCUUGCGCGCUCCAAGAGUACGGAAGCCGCUCCGCCGAUGGAGAUCAGCCGCCCGUCCACUGCGCCGUCGGCGCAAGCUAACAAGCCGGCAGCGGGAGCGGCGGGCGCAGCGGGGAAAGCAGGGGGGGGAGCAGCGGAGGGAGCAGCGGGGGUAGCGGGCGCGCCGGCUGCAGGCGCGGCGUCGAAGCUGCGCCCUGCCGGCGCUGGCGCCGCCGCUGCUGCAGGAGCGGCGGACGCCGCCGGAGCAGGAGGCGGAGUGGCGGGUGCGCCGGGAAUCCCGCCCGCCGCCCCCGUGGUCUCCGCGGCUGCCAGGCGCGCGGCUGCUGCCGCCGCGGCGAAGGCCGCGGGGCGCGGCGCGGGGAAAGCCGCAGGAGGCGCAGCAGCAGGAGGGGCAGCAGGGACAGCGGGAGGAGCGGGAGUGGGGGGAAAUAGUGACGUUUCCAAAGGGGAAAACAGGCCUGGUGCUGCAGCGGAGGCUAAGGGGAACGGGGAAGGGCAGGGCGGAAAGCAAGGGGAGGAGGCUAGCAACGCCAGUAUUGCUCAAACCCAAACCGGCAAGAGCUUUAGUUUCUCCCACGGCCUGAACGCGCAUGGUAUUAUUCCCAAGUCGGUGAGUGGGAUGAGUGCAGUGACUGCAGGGAAUGCAGGGAAUGCGGGGAAUGCGGGGAGUGCAACGUCUGGGGUGAAUGCGCGGAGCGCAGUCCCUCGGUCUGCUACUGCUGGCGCUGCUGCCGCUGCUAUUGUUGCUGCUGCUGCUGCUGCUUCAGGCGAGGGGGGCUUUGGAAAGAAGGUGGAGCAAAUGCAGAGCGGGAAACAGGGGAUAGAGGGGAAAGAAGGGAGAGAGGGGAAAGAGGUUGGGAAUGCGGAUGAGUUGAGUGGUAAAAGAGGGGUUGAGAGUGGUGAGAGUGGGGGAGAUGGGGGAGGAGGAGGAGGGCAAGACGAGAGGGGAGGAGGUGGAGGGGAGGGAGGGGCAGGAGGAGCAGACGGGGGCGGAGAGAGGAGCAACGGUGAGAAAGGGUUUAGAAAAGCCUUUAUGGCUGGAGUGAGGAGCGCAGAGAAGGAGCAGGAGCAGCAGGAGCGAGGGAAGGAGGGGGAGAAGAGCCCAGGGGGGAAGGGUGGUGGUGGUGCUGCUGGCAGCUCUGCUACUGGUGGUGGCGCUGCCGCUGCUGGUGCUGCUGCCGCUGCUGCUGCUGCUGCUGCUGCUGCUGCUGCUGCUGGUGGUGGUGGUGGUGGUGGUGGUGGUGGUGGUGGUGGUGGUGGUGGUGGUGGUGGUGGUGGUGGUGGUGGUGGUGGUGGUGGUGGUGGUGGUGGUGGUGGUGGUGGUGGUGGUGGUGGUGGUGGUGAGAGAAGGCGGGAGGGCGAGGGGCGAAGAGAGGAGGAGGAGUAUCACGAAGAUGAGUAUGAAGAGCUGAAGAGUGGGGAUGAGGGGGGAAGGGAGAGGGGCGAUGAAGGGAGCGGAACGGAGGGCGAGGAGGGGGAAUGGGGGAGAGGAAAGCUUGUGAAGGGGCGGGGAACGGCUGGGGGGGGAGGAGGGGGAGCGCCUACUCUUCCCCCCAGGUCCCCCCACGGCCGCCCCGCCAGUGGGGGGGAAGGGAGGCCGCGGAGCAGCGGAGGGUUUCGCGGGGGAGGCGCGGGGGGAAUGGGCGGAGGGACGUGGCCGGUUUCCCCAAGGGGGGGAUGGGGAGAGGAGGGAAAGGGGUGGGGGAGAGGAGGGAAAGGGGAGGAAGAGAUGAGGUCACCGAGGGGAGGGGGGGGGGUCACCGAGAGGAGGGGGGGGGUCACCGAGAGGAGGGGGGGGGUCACCGAGAGGAGGGGGCGGAUCACUUCAUGCACGCCGCUCUCUCUCCCCGUUCCCCUCCCGUGCGCAGCCUUCCUUCCUCUCGCCCCCUUAUCCUCUCAUCCUCCCAUUCCCCAACCCGCGCAUCCCCACAGGAGGCGUCACAGAAGCAGCAGGCACGGGGAGGCGCAUGGGCAAGACCUAAGUGGGCUAACGAAGGCUCUGCUCUUAAGGCGCCUCAAAAACCCCCAUGUUCCCACCCGGCCCACCCGCGCAUCCCCACAGGAGGCGUCACAGAAGCAGCAGGCACGGGGAGGAGCAUGGGCAAGACCCAAGUGGGCUAACGAAGGCUCUGCUGCUGCCGGUGGUGGUGCUGGUGGUGCUGCUGGUCGCAACAGCAACACUCGCGGGGAAUACGGCGGCAUGGGAGGGGGAGCAGGAGGGGGGAAUACAGGCAGCUCGUACCUAUUGCAGCGAGAGCAGAUGCGAGCAGAACUCCUGCACCAGUCCCUAUUGGGGUACCGAAGUGGUGGUGGGGGUGCAAUGCCAGUACCCCCUUUAGUGCGAAGGGCUAGUAUGGAGUCGAUAGAGAGGAGCGAGAGGAGGAGACAGCUGAGGGAAGAGGCAGAGGCUGCGAUAGGCCAGGGGGGCGGGUAUGGUGGGUACGGAGGGGUGAGGGGGGGUUACGGAGGAGUGGGAGGCGGUGAGAGGGAGCGGCGGGGUGGUGCGGAUUCGUACCUGUUGAGGAGUUUCACAGGGGAGCAGAGAGAGAGGGGGCAGGAGCGGGGGAGGGGGGGCGGAGGAGCGGGGGAUUAUGGGGAUGAAGAUGGGUAUUCUCGUGGUGGUGGUGGUGGUGGUGGUCGGGGGGAUAAGGAUGCUGGGGAUGGGGGCUAUAGCCGUUCUUACACAGGAGGGUCGAUAGAAUCAGCUGGCUCUGGUUCUGGUGGUGGUGGUUAUGGUGGAUAG